UUCCAUCGACAGGGAGGUGGCGGCAGACGCCUUCCACGGACGGGGGAUGUGAACGCCCUCGCUCCAAGUCUCCCUCCCAUUCGUCCCCUUCUUCUCCUCUUGCUCCUCUCGCUUUGUCUCUCAAUCUCCCGCUCCCCUGAUCGAUUCAUCGGUGAAUCGAUGGCGGGGGUGCUCCUUCCUCCUUCCUCCCUCCCGAGGAAGCCUUGCCUUCCUUCAACCUUCUUCAGUUCUGCCGUACCGAAGGCGCCAAGGGGUAGAGUUGCGGUUUGUCGAGCGGCCAUGGUCUUCCGAGACCUGCAGGCAGAUGAUUUCAGGCACCCUCUUGACAAGCAGAACACAUUACUUUUGAGGGCAAUUCCUGGACUGAAUGAGCUUGGCAAGGCCUUACUAGGACCAAUUUCGGAGCAAGUGAUGCUUCUUGAAAAUAUAGGGACAUCUGUUCUUGUGACUGAAAAUCAGCUCUCUGAUCUUCAUACAUUGAUGGUUGAGGCUGCUGCAAUACUGAAUGUUGAAGCUCCAGAUCUCUAUAUUCGUCAAAAUCCUGUUCCAAAUGCAUAUACACUUGCCAUUAGUGGUAGGAAGCCAUUCGUCGUUGUGCACACAAGCCUUGUGGAGCUAUUGACAAGAAAAGAAUUGCAGGCUGUCAUGGCUCAUGAGCUAGGCCAUUUGAAAUGCGAUCAUGGGGUGUGGCUUACCUUCGCCAACAUUCUGACCUUGGGUGCAUACACUAUUCCUGGGCUGGGUGGAUUUAUAGCACAAAAUUUGGAAGAACAACUAUUCAGGUGGCUCCGUGCAGCUGAGUUGACUUGUGAUAGAGCUGCACUUCUUGUUUCGCAAAAUCCGAAGGUGGUCAUCUCGGUAUUGAUGAAACUAGCAGGAGGCUGCCCAUCCUUGGCCGAUCAGUUGAAUGUGGAUGCCUUUCUUGAGCAGGCUCGCUCAUAUGACAAGGCCUCUUCAAGCCCAUUGGGAUGGUAUAUAAGGAAUGCACAGACGAGCCAACUGUCUCAUCCAUUGCCUGUUUUACGUGCACGGGAAAUUGAUGAAUGGUCAAGAAGUCAGGAAUACAGGUAUCUUCUUAAACGUGCGACAGAGAUGAGCACCAUGUAUGGUCAACAGCAUCAGAUGUGACAUCACGCAUGGAAGCCAGUAUAUAAAAGCUGUAAAUAUAUUCAAUUGAAUCUGCUAGCACAUCCAUCGCUACGAGUCCCAGAGCUGCAUGUGAAAAGUAGCACAUUCUGAAGACCAAAUGUGAAGACCAAAGGGUGUAGCUAUUAUCUUUUACAUCAGGCAUGGGCAGGUGACUUCAAUCUCGAUGGCGGUGGACUUGGUCUCGCCGUGGAUCAUUUUGUCUACUUGGAGGCGACUUGCAUAUAUGAGAUGUUUGUAAUCUACCACAGGAUCCCACUACAAACUUUAAUAUGUAAGAAAAUAAGACGUUCUCACACAUAAUACAGUGCCGUGCUAUCAUGAAGUGUAGGCAUAUACUUAGAAAAUUGUCAGAUGGACCUCGAUUCUUUGAUUAUAUCAUUAAAUGUCUUGUGAUA